AUGAGAAGAAUAUUGAAUGCGACUGAUCCCACGGAUGUGGCUGAUUUGCUGAGCAGACCUGGAUUCAUCAAUGACAACCAGAAUCUGACUGUGUUGUUACUGAGCUACCAAUCCAUCCAGAAAUUGGGAAUAUUUGUGGAUCGAUUUAACCAAAACAGUCACAAUACGAACCUGACAGACGCGACCCGUGGGGCUAUCAUGGAGGGUCUGUGGCCACUGUUUGCCAAUCGCUUGUCUGAACUGAGUGAUGCCGAAGCAACACAGUGGCUUGAUGGCAGGCUGAAACCGUAUCUGCCUUUCAUCAGCAAAGACCUCCUGGCUUCUCAAGACACCCUGAGAGUGCGGUGCCUCCCCUACAGGAAAAUCCAAACAGAAGGAAUCUACAAUGGCAUCAAAGCUUACCUCCAACCAGCGGGUCCUAAACCAAAAUGCUACAACGCCAGUAAUCCAGCUCUGAACUCUACUGCUUGGUUUGUUAACUACCUCGGACUCUACCUGAGCCAAGUGACGGCAACUGAUCUUCGGUCUUUCUCUGAUAAUGAAGCAAAGCUUCAGGAAUUUGCAGCAGACCCUGAAAAUCUGGCAUUGCUGGCAAACGUGACAUUACCAAUUGAAGUUUCGAAACUCUACAUCGACUUGCUGCAUCAAGGGAAUCCAAAUGUUAAUAUUACAAGCCUGCCGGAUUCUCUGACUUGCUUACUUGCUGGUACAAAUGCACUUCAGUCCGUGAAAGCACAGCAAGUCUUGGCUCUAAUCCGAAAGCUAAACCAAGUGUGUCGGGUGAGCCCGAGCAUUAAUGCAACGCUGCCUCCAGGACCUGCGACAGAUGAACAACUGAAGCUCUCCAUAACUUUAGUGAGCAAAAUUGACAACUUCUCAGUGGAAACUCUGAAUCAAUUGGGACAAUCAGCUGUUGGUCUAUCAGUGACGCAGAUUGCAGAUACUAAGGCAAAUACUUUUCAGCAAGCCCUGCCAAGCCUGGGGCAAGUUUUGAAUUGGAAUUAUGGACAACAGCUUUUGAUUGUGGACAAAGUGUUGAGCAAUGGCUACCAGGCCGAGAACAAACAGAAGCUGUUGGAUCUUGGAACCCUGACAGCUGGAUGUAAAAGCAGAGUAUUCCAAAGCAUUGACUCCAAAAUACUCACCGAUGUGAUCACAGACCCCGUGUUUGUUGUGAAUAUUCAAACCGCACCACAAGUUAUAGUGAUUGUAAUCAUUGUGAAGGUAUUGAAGGCUUCAAGUGACGGUGUAGAAGCAGUAAAGAGCAUUCCCCCAGGUCUCGCCAAAGAGAUCCCACCCCUGUACCUGACCUCCAACUUCGAUCUUGGUGACAUCAACGACAAACUGUGGCUACCGAGUCAGGCUGCUGUGUUUUUUGAAAAUAUAAUCCUAAGGAACAAAACUUAUGGCAGCUUUUCACAUUCUGUGCUGCGAGGCUUCAGCUGUGGGGCGGUCAAGACCCUGAAUUCUCGUGACUUCAUUCAGCUUGUUCGAGUAUUGAAGGAGAAGCGGGUCAAACUGGAUAAAAGUCAGCUCAGUUGCAUACUCUUCAAACUGAAAUCGUAUGAAAUGGAAGUUGACGUAGACAUGAUCCCCGAGGAUGUUCUGCUGUAUUUCAAGUCUGUCGACUUCAAGACAAAUCCAAACUGUGAUCUCGAUGGGGCCACUAUCAGUACUUCUCAUAUUUCCAUUUUGGAGCAAUUAAAGAAUUGCGUAUCGUACACUAAAAGCCAAAAGUCAGCGAUUGAAGCUCUACUCAAUAACAGUCCAACCAGAUACGGUCUGCCUUCAUCAUGGACAUCAUUGACGUUGGAUGAACUUGGAAACCUACCUUUGACUUUCACCUUCACAUGGAAACAUGUAAACUUGGUUGCCUUGCAGUAUGCCCUCCCAAGAUUUCUCAAGAGAUUGAAAACUUCCAACCCACCAAACGUUGUCCUGGGAUUCAUAGAUCAGUUGAAGCUGCAAGCAAACUUCACAGAAACCUGCACAGAGCUGGCAGCGGAAGACAUUGAUGAGCUAACCCCGAUCAAGUACGAUGCAGUCCAGUUAGACAAGUGUUUGAGUCAUCUCGUACUGAAGAAUAACAUAUUUGUAUUGGGAACUCUAUCCUUUGAUUCUACUCAGCUGCACGUCCUGAAAUACAAACUUGUUCAGCUUUACCCCAAUGGACUCCCAGAAGACACGAUUCUACUGUUGGGCAACAUAUCAACUGUGUUCAAUGCGACCGAAAUGAGCAGCUGGAAUAUAACUCAAGUUGACACACUUGGACAAGUGCUGCUGAAUCCGCUGAAGCACUCCCAGGUUCAAACCAUCAUUACAAGAUUCCUGGAGUUAGAUGGACAACUGAAUGGAGUUACAUUGAAAGCUGUCGGUGGUCCAAACCUGUGCAUUCUGAAUGAAAGCCAACUGAUGACAAUUUCCUCCCUGGAAGAGGCAGGAGCUCUGGAUAUUUCUUCAUGCAGUCAGUCAAAGAAGAACCUGCUUUACAAGAAAGCCGUUGUUGUUUUGAAGCUUCAGCAUAGCAGUGCGAUCACCCAAUUUCAUCUGAUAAAGUCGUACAUUAGUGGAGCUCGACUGGAUGAUCUGAAAGCUCUUGCAAACAACACAGUCAAUAUGGAUUUUGCAACCUUCCGGGCACUGAAUCCUGAAGAAGUGAAGAAUCUGACAGCUGAGGACCUGAAAGGCUUGCUUGGAGCUCACCUUCCAGCGCUGAAAACUGGAUUCAAUGACACUGUUGUGAAAGUUUGGGUGAAUUCGCACUUUGAAUCUGAAGUCAGGAAAGUUGGGCUUACGGGAGGAAUUCCAGAUCCUCCUCUAGGUAUGUUCCUUGUCAACGGUAAAUAA